CAAUUGAGCGCCAAUUUAUAAACCAAACCCUAGAGAGAGAAACCAACCAAAUCUAGAGAGAGAAGUUGCAACUUAUUAUUACAAAGUUAGGAGUAGUACAGUAGUAGUACCUCUUUCCUCAAUCAUCCAUAAAUUAAAUUAUUGCAUCUUCUAUAAGUUAAUUUAGGAUUUUAUUACUUUAUAGAUCUACUUACCCAUUACUUCACCAUAAUCUCCAUAUCUCACUUUCUCAAUGUUCUUCCAUUAUUAGAAAGAGAGGAUAUUUUGGGAUUUAUACAGAUUUAUGUGUCAAAAAGUCAAAAAUCACAAAAAAAAGUGGGGACCCUUUUUUGAUUUUUGAGUUUUGAUUGAGAUGGGUAGUUUCAAAAUUGCAUGUAAAUGCAAAUCCUUUUUCUGGGUACUUUGAUUUUUUUGUUGUUGGUGAAGGUUGUGUUUUCAAUGCAGAUUUAACUGUGUAGAACAAUAACACAAAGGCUACGGUUAAGGCGAAGGCGGAGGUGAAGAAGGAAAUGUCGGGGAGCAGUAGAGUGUAUGAUCCGAGCAAGCUGCAUUUGAAGAGGGAGCUGACGCAAAUUCGAAAGGCGGCACGGGUAUUGCGUGAUCCUGGUACCACUUCCUCUUGGAAAUCACCUUUAAGUUCGUCUAGAUCUGUGGCCCCAUCUUUUUUCAAUACUAGUAAUAAUAAUCUCCACUUUCUUUAUCAUGAUAAUAAUAAUGGUAAUAAUAAUCAUGAACAUUUGACUGGUAAAAAUGAUGGGGAUGAUGAUGUUAGUCCCCAUUUUAAGCAAAGAGUUGAGGGUAAUGAUGAUAAUGGUGUUGAGAGGGAGAUGGAUAAGGAGAAGGCAAAGGCGAAGGAGAGGAGAGUUUUUUUGUACAAUUGGAGGAGUAACAGGUCUUCGAGUGAGAAGAGUUUGGGUAGGUUUGAUGUGGAUGGAGGUGUUGGUAAUGUUUGUAAGAAUGGUGGUAAUAAUAAUAAUGUGAAUGAUGGAUCUUCAGUUCGUGGGAGUGUUGUUAGUGAUAGUGUUGGUGAUAGUUUGAGUGAUGCUCGAAAUGCUGGUGGUGAUUCCAAGAGUGAUACUUGUAUAGGGGAUCAUCAUCGUAGGGGUGGUCGACACCAACGACAUUAUUCUACCACGUUUAGAUGUAGGGACACGACGCUUGCGUCAAUGGCGUCACCUACGAAGGUUAGGAGGGCCAUUGGUAAGAAAAAAUCUAGGAAAAGUGCUUCUUCUGUUGCUUUAAGACAACAAUUGCAUAAACAAAAGCAGAAGAAACCACUUGGUGUAAGUGAUAAGAACUCGAAAUGGGCAUUUAAUGGAUCCCCUUCAAGUCGUUUGGUUUUGAAUCAGGAUGAUUCUGUUAGCUUAAUUGAUCAAUCGGAUGACACAGAAGAUUGUUGUGGUUCUGAUGAGUUGCGUGAAGAAUCUGGUGAAUCCCCUUUGCUUUCAAGGCUUAGGCAAAAACAUAAGUUUUUGCGAGGUAGUCGAAGGGAUGACUCCUCAUAUACUUUGAGCACUCCCGCCUUGUCAACAAGUUCUUUUAACAGAUUUAUGCUGGCGAAUUGCAAGAAUCCGAGUACUGUAGGAUCCUGGGAUGGGACAACAACUUCUUUCAAUGAUGUGGAUGAUAACGAGGAAGAUCAUUUAGAUUUGCCUGGUCGUCAGGGAUGUGGGAUUUCAUGUUAUUGGUCAAAGAAGACAACCAAACAUAAGGGGGCUUGUAGAAGUUGCUAUUCUCCUUCUCUUUCUGAUACUUUGAGGAGAAAAGGAGGUAGUUUACUCUGUGGUAGCCAAAAAGAUAAUCACAAACAACCCGGAUAUUUAUCGCGCUCAAAAAAACAAAAGAUCUUUUCUCAGAUGGCCCGUGGUCAUCUCCCCUUGCUCAGUAAUAGCGCUGAUGGUGGAGAAUCAUCUUUUGAAACGGGGAAUAGUGAUGAUGAGCUGUCUACGAAUUUUGGAGAGCUCAAUUUGGAAGGUUUGAGCCGGCUAGAUGGGAGGAGGUGGUCUGCCAACUGUAGGAGUCAAGAUGGCUCGGACCUAAUUGCUGCUGGUGGUGAAGGUGAAGAGGAAAGCUCAUCAGAGAAUAUUCGGAGCUUAAGUCAAAGAUAUCGACCAAUUUUUUUCGAUGAAUUGAUUGGGCAAAAUAUUGUAGUCCAGUCCCUUAUGAAUUCUAUAUCAAGAGGAAGGGUUGCCCCUGUAUACCUUUUCCAAGGUCCUCGUGGAACUGGAAAAACAUCUUCUGCAAAAAUUUUUGCAGCUGCAUUGAAUUGUUUAGCCACUGAGGGAACAAAACCCUGUGGGAUCUGUAGGGAUUGUUCUGAUUUUAUCUCUGGCAGGAGUAAGGAUCUAAUGGAGGUUGAUGGUUCAAAUAAAAAGGCAAUUGAUCGAAUGCGGCACCUCUUGAAAAGCUUGUUGGCUGCACCUUCAUCAGCUUCCUCACGUUACAAAAUUUUGUUAAUUGAUGAAUGCCACUUGCUGCCAUCUAAGACUUGGUCAGCGUUUCUGAAGUUUCUUCAAGACCCACUACCUAGAGUUGUAUUCAUAUUCGUAACUACUGAUCUUGAAAAUGUGCCACGCACUGUCCUCUCACGAUGUCAGAAGUAUCUCUUUAACAAAAUCAAAGAUGGUGAUAUUGUUAGCAGACUAAGAAAUAUAGCAGCUGAAGAGAAUCUUGAUGUUGAUUCCGAUGCCUUUGAAUUGAUUGCUUUAAAUGCUGAUGGUUCACUUAGAGAUGCAGAAACUAUGUUAGACCAGUUGAGUUUGCUUGGGAAAAGAAUUACCACUUCUCUUGUAAAUGAACUUGUAGGAGUUAUUUCAGAUGAUAAACUGCUGGAACUCUUGGAGUUGGCUAUGUCAUCCAAUACUGCUGAGACAGUAAAAAGAGCUAGAGAGUUGAUGGAUUCUGGGAUUGAUCCAUUGGUGUUGAUGUCUCAACUGGCAAGUCUUAUAAUGGACAUCAUUGCUGGAUCUUACCAACUUGCAGAUGCCAAAUGUAGUAGCUCCUCGUUAAGUGGCCGAAGUUUGUCAGAAACAGAGCUGGAAAAACUAAAACAUGCAUUGAAGCUUCUUUCUGAAUCUGAAAAGCAAUUGAGAGUUUCCAGUGAACGUUCUACGUGGUUUACUGCCACUCUAUUACAACUUGGCUCUGUUACAUCACCUGAAUUCACUCUGUCUGGAAGUAGCAAGAAGCAAAGCUCAAAAACAACCGAGGAGGAUCCAUCUACUGCUUCUAGAGAUGCUUCUGGACGACAGCAUAAUUCUGAUUCCCUGUAUAUGAUCCGAAGAUCAGCUUCUCCUCCGUUAUUUUCUGCUGAGGGUAAUCUAAAUUCGGGCUAUCCAAAGGAGUCCUACUUGCAUACUGUUGUCGGGAGUUCCAAUUCCAAAGCCACUCACAAGCACUCUGCAAAUAGUAUGGAUAGCACUGCUUCAUAUGGUGAUUUUAUCGGUGGAAGUAUGAUUGUAGGAAAAGCAAACAUGGAUGGCCUUGACGAUCUAUGGCUACAAUGUAUUGAGAGGUGCCAUUCUAAGACUCUGAGGCAGCUGCUUCAUUGUCAUGGAAGGCUACUAUCAAUAGCUGAAGUUGAAGGUGUACUCAUUGUGUAUAUUGCAUUCCGAGACAAAGUUGUCAAGUCCAGAGCUGAGCGGUUUCUUAUUAGCAUCACUAACUCAAUCGAGAUGGUUUUGGAACGAAGUAUUGAGGUCAGGAUGAUCCUGCUACCUGAGGGUGAAAUGCAUCUAGAUAGUGCAGAAACAGGUGGAUCACUAGAUUUGUCAGGACAUAAGCAGAUUAAACAGGGAGAAGGAUAUGAUAAUGUCAACGGAGGGUCAAAUUCGUCUUUGUUGUUGGAAGAAAGGUCAUCGAGCAUAUUGGACCAAGCGAAUGAUAACAACACUAAUGUGAGGAGGCAAGAGGUUCCUAUGCAGAGAAUAGAAUCCAUUAUCCGUGAGCAAAGGCUGGAAUCAGCUUGGUUGCAGGCUGCUGAGAGAAGUACACCACGAUCAAUGAGUCGUCUACGACCUGAGAAAAAUCAGGUUUUGCCUCAAGAAGGCAUAUACUGCCAAAAGGAAGAGGAAUCGAUGAACCCCAAGGAUUUGACCUCCAACCAUUGGGAUGAUGAACUUAAUCAUGAAAUCAAGGCUUUGAAGGUUACUGACAGAAAAACUCAGCAGAAGGAUCAGACUGGUAAAAGAAUUGACCAUCCUCCUAUAUCUCCAAGCUUGCUGCAUCAGAGUGGCUAUGCCUCUAAUUGCAGCAAGGAUUACCAGGGAUAUGAAUCGGGGCCGGGGACUGCUGGCUGCAACAUACUUUUCUGUUGGAACAAUAGACAUCCAAGAAAGGGAAAGGGUAACCAAGGGACUAUUGUUCAACCACGCAAAGGUGGACGAUUCUUAUGUUUUGGCGAAUGUAGGAAGUCGAGACAAAGCAGAGCAGAAAGAUAAAUUAUUGGUGCCAAACUCAUUUUUUCUGUAUUUAUUUUUAUUAGUUUUCUUUUACCGUUUAGGCCAUUCUUGGGGGAGAGGGUUGGGAAAGGACUCAUGUUAAGUCACAAGAGCUAGUUCUGUGAUUCUUAGACUAUGCUUAUUGUGAUUUGUGCCUGCACAAGGGGCGAUCAUGUUCAUUCACUGUAAUAAAGCAAUGAGGUCAAAAGCGUCAAAUUUCACCUUCUUU